AUGCAACAUUCAUUAUGCCACGCUGAUGAGAGCUACAAAUUGAUGCCAUUCAAGGAGAGUGUUACCAUUCGUACAAAUGCUUCAUAUGAUCCUAUUGCUUAUCCAAAGGUUGAAUCCUGGAAGCUCCGAGAAGGACAUGUUGACUGCUGCUUCUGGGAUGGUGUCCAUUGUGAUAAGCGCAGUGGUCAUGUGAUUGGCCUUGAUCUCAGCAGUAGUUUUCUCUAUGGUUCCAUCCACGAAAUUCCCUCAUCUAUGGGGAAUCUUACAAGCAGUAAGACUUCUUCUUCAUCAUCGUAUUCAUUCUUGCUUCUCUUCUGCUCCCUAAACUUGAUUUUCUUACCAACAUUUUCCCAUGUCCAUAACAUUUCUGCUCUUUCCCCUAAACAUAAUCCACUGUGCCAUGGUGAUGAGAACUCCGCCUUGCUGCAAUUCAUCCAGAGCUUCGUUAUUGAUAUUAACGCUUCCAUAGAUCCUCUUGCUGGUCCAAAGUCUGAAUCAUGGAAGCUCCAAGGUGAUUGCUGCUCGUGGGAUGGAGUCCAUUGUGAUAAGGUCUCUGGUCAUGUGAUUAGCCUUGACCUUAGUAGUAGCUGUCUCUAUGGUUCCAUCAACUCUAGCAAUAGUCUCUUCCGUCUUAUUCACCUCCGUAGUCUUAACCUCGCCGAUAAUUAUUUUAAUUACUCACAGCUUCCAUCAACCUUAGGCUAUCUUUCUGAGCUAACUUAUCUCAAUCUCUCUCACUCUUACUUUGCUGGCCAAAUCCCAUCAAACAUCUCACAACUUUCAAAGUUGUCUGUCCUUUGGCUGAGAGAAAAUGACCAGUUGAUACUCAAGAAGCCAGUUUUUGAAAGCCUAAUUCAAAACUUAACCAGCCUUGAAGUUUUGGGUCUUAGUUAUAUAGAUAUAUCAUCCACAAUACCUAACAUCAUGGCAAAUUUAUCUUCUCUCAAAGUCAUCCGUCUAGGUUCUUGUGGAUUAUAUGGUGAAUUUCCAACUGAGAUUUUUCAACUACCUCUCCUACAAACUCUUUUUCUUGCGAAUAAUAAUUUGAGUGGCGCGGUGGAGUUGGCCACAAUUGUUAAGCCUAAAAACUUGAUCAAUUUGAGUUUGUCAGGAAACAACAUGUCAUUGCUUGAUAAUGUGAAGCCUAAUGCCACCGUUCAGAAGUUUUCAAUGUUGGGACUUGGAAACUGUAACUUAUUCCAGUUUCCACUUUUCUUGCGUGAUCAAGAUGAGCUGUCAGUACUGGACUUGUCGAGCAACUAUAUCCAUGACCAAAUACCCCACUGGUUACGGAACACAAGUUUUGAACAAGAUCCAGUUGUGCUUCAAUGGACUCGAAUCACAUAUUUAGAUCUAAGUGAUAACCAGUUGUCAGGAUCACUUCCCAUACCACCACCAUCUAUCAAAAUUUACGCAAUUCAAAAUAACCCUUUGAUGGGGGAGAUUUCGUCAAUCAUCUGUCGUCUGAAUUCUCUUCAAGUUCUUGAUUUAUCUGGCAACAACUUGAAUGGCGCGCUUCCUCAGUGUUUUGGCAAUUUUAGUACUUCAGUUCAACUUCUGGAUCUUGGAGGCAACAAUUUUCAUGGCCAGAUUCCUCACAUUGGCACAACGGAAUGCAACUUAAGGCUGCUUAAUCUAAAGUUCAAUAAGUUACAGGGACAAAUACCAAGAUCAUUGGCCAAUUGUGCCAAGCUUGAGUAUUUGGUUUUAUCAAACAAUGAAAUCAAUGACGUUUUCCCAUCAUGGUUAGGAUCACUCCAAGAGCUAAAGAUUCUCAUUCUGGGUUCUAAUCAACUCUAUGGUGUGUUGGGAAAUCAUAAAUCUAAUUUUGACUUUGACUUCCCAAAGUUGCACAUCAUUGAUCUCUCUCAGAAUAAUUUUUCAGGGCAGCUGCCACAACAAUAUUUUCUCAGCUGGAAUGCAAUGAAGACGGUAGAUGCAAAUCAAUAUAUGGUUAGAGAAAUUACUAUUGAACUUUCAAAAGGGAACUCAGUGAAUUACACUGGUGUAUACAAAAUUUCAUUGAAAAACAAAGGUACAAAUUUGAUAUAUUCCGCGAUCCAACAAUCCUUGGUGGCCAUUGAUCUUUCGUGCAACAAAUUAGAAGGCGAAAUUCCAGACGUCGUUGGGAACUUAAAUGCUCUUCGUGCACUCAACUUUUCCUAUAACAAUCUUAGAGGUGGCAUUCCAUCAUCUUUGGGGAAUCUAACAAUGCUUGAAUCUUUGGAUCUUUCCCAAAACAAUCUGUCAGGAGAAAUUCCUCAACAACUAACUCAACUUAAUUUCCUUGCUGUUUUCAAUGUGUCUCAUAACCACCUUACAGGUCCUAUACCACAUGGGAAGCAAUUUGACACUUUUCAAAGCAAUUCAUAUGAAGCUAACUUGGGACUCUGUGGAAAUCCAAUGCCAAGGAAGUGUACAAGUUCUGAGGCACUGCCACCAUUACCUUCAAAGUCUGAGGGAAAUGAAGACUUGAGUUAUCCAUUUGAAUUUGAUUGGAAAUGUGUUUUGAUGGGAUAUGGAAGUGGGCUAAUAAUUGGACACAUUUUCGCAACUAGGAAAUAUAAAUGGCUUCUCAAGACAUUCAGACUAAGAGAACCAUGA